AUGACAAGUUCCAGCGCCUCAAAUCCGGCAAAUCCUGCCAACUUCGAUCAAUACAAUCAAGUGAAAAAACAGGCAUUUUACUUGGAGAUGGAUGAAUUAAUGAGGUUGAGGGAUGAGGUUCAGGGGGAGAUAAAUAGACGUGCAAGUGAGAUUGCUGAACGUCAGAGAGAAGAGGAGGAAAAGAAGAGGAGAGAGGAUGAAGAGACUGAAUCGAUGUUUGUUGCUUGGUUACCGAAGCAUUAUGAGAGGUCAGAUCGGAAAACGGAGGAGAGGUCUGAAAGGAAUCAUAGGGGUCCAAAGUGUGGUAGUGCAACUGAGAGUGACUCCGAAGCGGAUUCUGCAGCAGGGUACGAGUAUCAUGUGGAAGAGGUAAACACUAGUGAAGAAGGAUUUGAUGCUGCUGAGGACGGGCUAAAAAUGGAGAAGUAUCUUGAUUGGAAGUUGCGAAGACGGUUUGAGUUUGAGAGAUCCAAUCCAAAGAUAUUUUCCAGAACCAUGCAGGAAGGAGAACCCAAGGUGGAAGAGGAAAAGCUUAUGUUGAUACAUCCCCGAACUGCUCAAGUUGAAGAUUCCAGUGACUCUGAUGAAAAUCUUCCUGAUGCCUCCAAUGAUGAUGAAGAAGAAGAUGAAAGUGAUGAAGAGGAAUCGUCUUAUGGAGAUACUGAUACUUCUCCAGCUUCAUCAGGCAGCAGUUGCAGUGAACAUUAUGCGGAGGACGAGGACUGGAGCUACGAUGAAGAGGAUUGGUAA